UUGAGUGGCGCCCUCUGGUGGUCCGCCGCAAGUGUUGUGGUUUGAGAGACUGACGAGGAAAAUGGCGUCCGGCGUGAGGCAGGAGCUCGCGCAGCUGAUGAACUCUAGUGGGUCUCACAAAGAUCUAGCUGGGAAAUACCGUCAAAUAUUAGAAAAGGCUCUUCAGUUUACUGAUGCAGAACAACUUGAGUCACUAAAAGCAUUUGUGGAAGCGAUGGUCAAUGAGAACGUCAGCCUGGUCAUAUCCAGACAGCUGUUGACAGACUUCUGCUCACACCUCCCAAACCUGCAGGAAGGCACGGCGAAGGCUGUGUGUCACUUCACUCUGGAGAAGAUUCAGCCCAGAGUCAUCUCAUUUGAAGAACAGGUGGCCUCCAUCAGACAGCAUCUAGCCACAAUCUAUGAGAAAGAGGAGGACUGGAGGAACGCCGCUCAGGUUCUCGUGGGAAUCCCGCUGGAGACGGGUCAAAAACAGUACAAUGUGGACUACAAGUUGGACACUUACCUGAAAAUCGCUCGCCUGUAUUUAGAGGACGACGACCCAGUUCAGGCCGAGGCCUACAUCAACCGAGCAUCUUUACUUCAGAACGAAUCCACCAAUGAACAGCUGCAGAUUCACUACAAGGUAUGCUAUGCCAGAGUUCUGGAUUAUCGGAGGAAGUUCAUUGAGGCAGCUCAGCGCUACAACGAGCUUUCUUAUAAAUCCAUCGUCCAUGAGACUGAGCGCCUGGAGGCCCUGAAGCACGCGCUUCAUUGCACUAUACUGGCCUCUGCAGGUCAGCAGCGCUCUCGUAUGUUGGCUACUCUCUUCAAGGACGAGCGCUGUCAGCAACUUUCCGCCUACGGCAUCCUGGAAAAAAUGUACCUGGAUCGAAUCAUUCGGGGAAACCAGCUGCAAGAGUUCGCUGCCAUGCUGAUGCCACAUCAGAAAGCCACCACAGCCGAUGGUUCAAGCAUCCUAGACCGAGCAGUCAUUGAGCACAACCUGCUGUCUGCUAGCAAGCUGUACAAUAAUAUCACAUUUGAAGAGUUAGGAGCACUUCUGGAGAUUCCUCCUGCAAAGGCAGAAAAGAUAGCGUCACAAAUGAUUACCGAGGGCCGCAUGAACGGAUUCAUCGACCAGAUAGAUGGCAUUGUCCAUUUUGAAACGCGAGAGCCGUUGCCCACCUGGGACAAGCAGAUCCAGUCGCUGUGCUUCCAGGUGAACAACCUCCUGGAGAAGAUCAGUCUGGCUGCCCCCGAGUGGACGGCUCAAGCCAUCGAGGCACAGAUGACACAAUAAUCCACGCUCAUUCUGUUGUCUACACAUCACUUGGCUUUCUCUCCUCUCAUUGGUCAAAACUGAAAUUCUCCUGGCGCAUAUUAAUGUUCUGUUAAGCUUGACCUUUCUGCUUGUGAGGUUUAAUAUUUUCAUAGUUAUGGUCUGUGAGUAUCCAAUAAACGUUGUGAAAAUUUC